AUGACAUCGUUGCUCAGCGGUAUUUCUAGCCGUCGCCGUGUGAAUAAGUCAAGAAGUAGCUCUGGUCAGAACAGAGACUCCCCCGAACCUUUACCUCUCGCUCCAAUGCAAAGUGCCCCCGCUUCUCGAAUUGUCCAGCCCUCUCCUCGCCCUUCCCUGGAGCCAACAUAUUCGUCACCUGCAACUUCGCGCUCUCAGAGUGUCCAGCCUCCUGAAUUGCUCGAGUCCCCUAGCGUUCAAUUGCAGCUGAGAGUAGAGUCACCUCCCUUGGUGAUGUAUGGCGCCAGAGCAGAGUCUACUGGUGCGUUACUUACUGGCAUUAUGGAUAUGCAAGUCAAUGUUCCUGAGCUCGUGAUCGAGAAGGCUCGUUUGAUCGUCGUACAGAGGGUUGUGUACAACACCCCGGCUACUUCGGGCGGCAAAUCGAGUCAUAUGAACACAGAGACACUUGCGGAGUGGCAAGUUUUGACAAAACCACAGAAUUUUACUGUUGCCACACAUGGUUACCCAUUCUCUCACUUGAUGCCUGGGUCAUUGCCCCCAACUUGCUCUGUCUCGCUGUUCAGUGUGGGCUACUAUCUAAGGGCAGAAGUGCUUAUUUCCGGUCAGCAAACCCCCGUAGUUUGCGAACAAGAACUCCGCGUCAAACGCUCAGUUAUAAAUAUCCAGGAUAAAACGUCAGUUCGCGUAUUCCCUCCUACAGAAUUGAGCUUGUCUCUUAUUUUACCAUCGGCAGUCUUUCCCAAAUCAAACUUUACCGCUGAGAUCCGCUUGGAAGGUGUCAUCAACGAUCCCAACGCCCCGGACCCUCAAAAAAGAUGGAAGCCAAAGAAACUGACCUGGCGAUUUUUCCAAACUGUUAAAGUGGCGGUUCCCGGUGGGAGCGACAAGCCCAUCGAUGACACUCAAGUAAUCGGUGAAGGUGUGCUCAAAACGGGUUGGAAAGUAGACUUUUCGCAUAAGGGCCUCUGUGAGCUUAUUGUGCCCAACUUCGUGGGGAAUGCCAUGGAUAAAGCUGUCCAGGAUGUAGACGACCCCGUACACGGGCUGAGCGUGAGCCACCGCCUGAGUGUUGAGAUGCUGCUAGCUGAAGAGAUUGGAGCCAAAAACUCCCGCACCGCAUCAGUAACUGGAUCGGCACGUGUCCUGAGAAUGCAGUUCUCCAUCAAUGUAGUCGAUCGCCCUGGACUGGGAAUAUCGUGGGAUGAUGAGGUCCCUCCAGUCUACGCCGACGUGCCUUUGUCUCCACCAACAUACGCGACAAGUGUCGAGGAUAUCCGCAACCAUUUGUUCAGCCCAACAUUCUCGCCAGCGUACUCGCCUGCUCUAGGUGCUUCGGUAGCCACUCCCUCGCCCACGCUGCGCCAUAUCGACGCAAGUCUGUUCGGCCCAGAGUCCAGAAGAGCCAACAGAACCUCUCGACUGAGUCUUUUACAGCCGUCGUCCUCACGCCACAUCUCUCCUAUUUCUAGCAUUCCCGGUACUCCUGAACCAUACAAGCAUGAUGGAUAG